AAAGGCCGGAGACAAACUGGAUAAAGACACUACAACCCCAGAUUGACACAAAAGUACUAAACAUGGAUACAGAGGAUACAGUAGAUGAUAAGCCAACAGAGGUCUUCACAAUAAGAGGGCCUAGUUACAAACAAUAUAAUCCCAAGGGAGUAGAUAUAGACGAUAAAGUUGAUGAAAAUGACAACAUGGAGUCUGAAUCUGCAUCGAUUCAAGUUAUGAGUGAAAGUUCAGAAAAUAUAAACGAUUCACAAAAUGAAAGUCAUAAAUUUAGCGGUAUAGAUGAUCGGUUUGGUCAGGGAAAUCAAAAUGACAAUGACCCAGAUCAAGAAAACCGUGAUAAUUCAAGAUUGUCCGGGUCAAGGUCACAAUCCAGAUUUCUCCCAUCACAACAAGGACGCGCUUUACUACUACGAACUCCAGCUGAGUCCAGACAACAGGAACAUCCACCGACACAUGGUAACGAAGGUAAUGAGGAACCAAAUGUACUUAUUACAGAGUUAAGAGGAAAUGAAAGGGAUUCUUGGGAAAUAGAAUCGGAUGAAGCAGACGACAAGCCUCGAUCUCAUUCAGUACUUGAUUCAGCAAGUGAAAGUGAUGAUGAAGAUUACGACACUGACUUGGAAAUAGAAGAAGACGAGACAUCCGGCCAUGACCCGACAGGCAGAUCCACCUAUGGGAAGAUGUGUGAAAAACUAGGUGUGAUCCCCGCUUCAUAUUUCGUCCGCCAUUGUAUGGAUUCCGAGCUGUCUAUGCGAUACCAUGGCCUUGGACCGCUGGGUACUAGGGCCAUAGCUCGGGUUCUUAGGGACAAUGUUUCUUUGGAGAAACUGGACCUCUCGGGUAAUUGGAUGGAGGGCGAUGGUGGUAAAGCUAUGGCGAGAGCACUGGAGGAUAAUGACUACAUCCUGGACCUGACAUUAGCAGAUAACAGAUUGGGGUCUCGAGGCGCCCAACAUUUCUCAAGGAUUCUCUCAAACAAUGCCGCAGUACGGAAGAUCAAUCUGUCAGGGAAUAACUUUGAUGAGGAUGAUGGUCCUUGCUUUGCAGAGGCGAUUGAGGAGAACAGAAACCUUCAAGAGUUGGUUCUCAGCCACAAUGGUUUUGGAUUGAAGGCUGGGCAACUUAUUGGACCUGCUAUUGGUGCUAAUGAGACGCUAGAGAGCAUUGACCUGAGUUGGAAUCACAUAAGGCUGAAGGGAGCGGUCGCUGUUGCCAAAGGUGUCAAGGAAAACGUGAGACUAAAGACGUGUAACCUGUCCUGGAAUGGGCUCGCUAGGGAAGGGGGGUUUGCUAUAGCUGAUGCCAUUUUAGCCAACAAUGUUCUGUUGGAGUUAGAUAUAAGCGGAAAUAGACUCGAUGCAGACUGCGCUUUGAAAAUUGCCAAGGCUUUAUCAGGGAAUGACUCCCUCAGAACUCUAAAGAUGGGCAAUAAUCCUAUCACAACAACUGGUGCAAUAGCGUUGGCAAAAGCCAUCAAUGGGAACGAUAGCAGUGUUCUUGUCUUCCUUGAUCUCUCGGACAUUCCAGUAGAGUAUGAAUUUCUACAAAUCGUCAAAGAUAUUACCUCAAAACGCCAAUUUAGAGUAUUACACGGUCCUGUGCUUAGAUCGGGCAACACUGCUCGAGAUAUCGGAAAGAUGGGCGUUGAUCCAAACACCAAAGAUCCUUUAGUGGUACUUAAGGAACAUAUUGUUGUUAAUGAUAAGCGAAUAUUAGACAUAUUGAAGACAUACGAUCCAAAUGGAACGUUCACAGUUAAACGUGAACAAUUCGCAGAAGCUUUAGAGGAAUUGGGUGUCCCAUACAGCAAAGACCAAUUGGAAGAAAUCAGCAGAAAAUUGGACAAGAAAAAUAAUGGAACAAUUUACUAUGGAGAUUAUGUAAACCAAGAUUUUAUGAUGAAUGAAGAUGGAACCAAAAAGGAGGAACAGAGUGCAUCGUAACAUAGCUAUAGUGCAUUCUAACAUAGCUAUAGUGCAUCGUAACAUAGCUAUGGUCCACAAGAGUGUCCACAUCAACAAAAUACAGUUCCAUUCUUCACACACAAAACUGAGCUAGAGUGCUGCGUUCCAGUGGCACUUGAACAUAUCAUGGAAUGCACGAUGAACUGUAAACUAAGUGAUAGAGUCAGACAAUGAAUCUCGACCAAUAUUGAACAAUAUUAUGUAGAACUGGGAGUUUGCAAGUGUAUAUUUUACAAUG